AUGCUGCUGUUGGAGGACCAGAAUCACUCUAUGGUCAAAAAAGCCAAGUUUGAUGGCCCACAAGAAAAAUUCAACACAUACGUGACCCUCAAAGUUCAGAAUGUAAAGAGCACGACAAUUGCAGUGCGAGGGAACCUUCCCUGCUGGGAACAAGAUUUCAUGUUUGAGAUUAAUCGACUAGACCUCGGGUUGACAGUGGAAGUGUGGAACAAAGGUCUUAUCUGGGACACCAUGGUGGGCACGGUUUGGAUACCCUUAAGCACAAUCCGCCAAUCAAACGAGGAUGGCCCAGGAGAGUGGCUAACUCUUGAUUCUCACGUCAUCAUGACAGAUAAUGAGAUCUCUGGGACCAAAGACCCCACUUUCCACCGUAUCCUCUUGGACACCCGCUUUGAACUCCCACUCGAUAUUCCUGAAGAAGAGGCUCGCUAUUGGGUCAAGGAGCUGGAGCGGCUGAAUGCUAUGCGAGACCAAGAUGAUGUAAGUAUGUGUGAAUGUCAGGAGAAGCCGCUUCCAGUCCCCGGCUCACAGUGCUGCAACUGGAAUUAUUUUGGCUGGGGAGAUCAACAAAAUGACGACCCUGACAGCACCGUGGAUGAUCGAGACAGUGACUAUCGCAGUGAGACCAGCAACAGCAUCCCACCCCCUUACUAUACAACCUCCCAGCCCAAUGCCUCCGUCCACCAGUACCCCAUACGCCAUCAACAGCGAGUAUCCCGAGACUCCUAUACAGAUUCUAUGCAGGGUUAUGAGAUGGACUAUUCUAACCAUCGGCCAAUCAGCCCCACUGGGAGCAGCCGCUACGCCUCCUCGGAUGAGCUGAGCCAGGGUAGUUCGCAGCUGAGUGACGAAUUUGACCCCGAUGACGUCAGCCUGGAUGAGCGGGACGGAGACUCCUACCACUCUUGCCACAGCUCCGUGAGCUAUCACAAGGACUCCCCGCACUGGGAUGAAGAAGAGGAUGACUUCUACCUGGAGGAGGAUGAGUUCAACGAAGAGAACAGUGAGAACGAAGAGUACUAUCCCGAGGACAAGGCGCCUGACGCCGACCAGGAAUCUUACCCCAAGGAGGCUUCUCUGCAGCAACAAGAACCCCAGCCGAAGGCCCCACAGGCCCAGCCACCCAUACAAUUUGCUCUAACCCAGCAGAAGCCACCCCAGCAGGCCCAACAGCCCCAGCUCCAGCAGAAGCCGCCCCAACAGGUCCAAGCCCAGCCUCCACCACAGAAACCACUGCAACAGGCCCAACAACAGAUGCCGUCAGUGCAACAGAGGCAGCAGCAGCCCUUGCAGCAAAAAAUGCCUCCUCAGGGGCAGCAGAAGCAGCCACCCCAACAGCCCCAGAUGCCCCCCGCGCAGCAGAAGCAGCCACCACAGCAGCAGCAGCAACAGCAGCAGGUGCCCCCGAGGUUGCAACAGCAGGUCCAGAAAGAGGAGAAGGUGGACGAGGUUCCAAUUGUCUUGCAGGAGGAAAAACCAGCAGAAGAGAUCCCGAUUGUGGAGGAGACCCCCCAAGAAGAGCCCCCCAAGACAGAAGAGAAGGUGAAGGAGGAAGUUGAAGUGGUGGACCCCAAAGCACGAGCAAAAGCCAACUGGUUACGGGCAUUCAAUAAAGUCUGCAUUCAACUCCAAGAGGCUCGAGGCGAAGGCGAAUCAAAAUCCCUCUGGUUUAAAGGCGGGCCUGGUGGCGGGUUGAUCAUAAUUGAUAGUAUGCCUGACAUUCGCAAAAGAAAACCCAUACCCCUAGUUAGCGAUUUGGCGAUGUCCUUAGUCCAGUCCAGGAAAGCUGGUAUUACGUCAGCACUUGCAUCAAGCACUUUAAACAAUGAAGAGCUAAAAAACCAUGUUUACAAGAAAACCCUCCAAGCCUUAAUCUAUCCCAUCUCUUGCACAACCCCCCAUAAUUUUGAGGUGUGGACUGCCACCACUCCCACCUAUUGUUAUGAGUGUGAGGGCCUGCUCUGGGGCAUUGCACGCCAAGGAAUGCGGUGUACCGAGUGUGGAGUGAAAUGCCAUGAAAAGUGCCAAGACCUGCUCAAUGCCGACUGCUUGCAAAGGGCAGCAGAGAAAAGUUCUAAACAUGGGGCAGAAGAUCGCACACAGAAUAUUAUUAUGGUGCUGAAAGACCGUAUGAAGAUCCGGGAGCGGAAUAAACCAGAAAUCUUCGAGUUGAUCCAGGAGAUCUUUGCGGUCUCCAAGACCACCCAUACCCAGCAGAUGAAGGCAGUCAAGCAGAGUGUUUUGGAUGGCACUUCAAAAUGGUCUGCCAAGAUCAGCAUCACAGUGGUUUGUGCGCAAGGCCUGCAGGCGAAGGAUAAAACGGGCUCCAGUGACCCCUAUGUAACCGUCCAGGUUGGAAAGACCAAAAAGAGAACAAAAACCAUUUAUGGAAAUUUGAACCCCGUCUGGGAGGAAAACUUCCACUUUGAGUGUCAUAACUCCUCCGAUCGAAUUAAGGUUCGGGUAUGGGACGAAGACGAUGACAUCAAGUCUAGGGUAAAACAGCGCUUCAAGAGGGAAUCUGAUGACUUCCUGGGUCAGACGAUCAUUGAAGUGCGGACACUGAGUGGAGAAAUGGAUGUCUGGUACAAUCUGGAUAAGCGAACAGAUAAGUCAGCUGUAUCCGGAGCUAUCCGAUUGCACAUUAGUGUGGAGAUCAAAGGAGAGGAGAAAGUGGCACCUUACCAUGUGCAGUACACCUGUCUUCAUGAAAACCUAUUCCAUUUUGUGACGGAUAUCCAAAACAAUGGUGUCGUCAAAAUCCCAGAUGCAAAAGGAGACGAUGCUUGGAAAGUAUAUUUUGAUGAAACUGCCCAGGAGAUUGUGGAUGAGUUUGCUAUGAGAUACGGAGUGGAGUCCAUCUAUCAGGCUAUGACGCACUUUGCCUGUCUUUCCUCAAAAUACAUGUGCCCAGGGGUGCCUGCUGUAAUGAGUACUUUAUUGGCCAACAUUAAUGCUUAUUAUGCACAUACCACUGCCUCCACCAAUGUCUCUGCCUCUGACCGUUUUGCCGCUUCCAAUUUCGGGAAAGAACGGUUUGUCAAACUGCUGGACCAGCUACACAAUUCCCUGAGGAUCGAUCUCUCAAUGUAUCGGAAUAAUUUCCCUGCCAGCAGUCCUGAAAGACUGCAGGACCUUAAAUCAACAGUGGACCUCUUGACCAGCAUCACGUUCUUCCGGAUGAAGGUCCAAGAGCUCCAGAGUCCACCACGAGCCAGUCAGGUGGUAAAGGAUUGUGUGAAGGCCUGCCUCAACUCAACUUAUGAAUACAUCUUCAACAACUGCCAUGAACUUUAUAGUCGUGAAUACCAAACUGAUCCUUCCAAGAAGAGUGAAGUGCCACCAGAGGAACAGGGUCCCAGCAUCAAGAAUCUAGACUUUUGGUCCAAACUUAUAACCUUGAUAGUAUCAAUCAUUGAGGAAGAUAAGAACUCAUACACACCCUGCCUCAACCAAUUCCCUCAAGAGCUGAAUGUUGGAAAGAUCAGUGCAGAGGUUAUGUGGAACCUUUUCGCUCAGGACAUGAAGUAUGCAAUGGAAGAGCAUGACAAACACCGGCUAUGCAAGAGUGCCGACUAUAUGAACUUGCACUUUAAGGUGAAAUGGCUGUACAAUGAAUAUGUCACAGAUCUUCCUUCUUUCACCAGCCGAGUUCCUGAAUACCCUGCGUGGUUUGAACCUUUUGUUAUCCAGUGGCUGGAUGAGAAUGAGGAAGUGUCACGAGAUUUCUUGCAUGGAGCAUUGGAACGGGACAAGAAAGAUGGGUUCCAACAAACCUCAGAGCAUGCCCUUUUCUCCUGCUCUGUGGUUGAUGUCUUCUCCCAGCUCAACCAAAGCUUUGAAAUUAUCAAGAAGUUGGAGUGCCCUGAUCCACAGAUUGUAGGCCAUUACAUGCGCAGGUUUGCCAAGACCAUCAGCAAUGUCCUGCUGCAGUAUGCUGAGAUCAUCUCUAAAGGCUUUGCUUCCUACUGCGCCAAGGAGAAGGAAAAAGUGCCCUGUAUCCUGAUGAACAACAUACAGCAGUUACGUGUCCAGCUAGAGAAGAUGUUUGAAGCUAUGGGAGGGAAAGAGUUGGACACAGAAGCCAGUGAUAUCCUCAAGGAACUUCAGGUGAAACUCAACAAUGUCUUGGAUGAACUAAGCCGAGUAUUUGCAACCAGUUUUCAGCCCCAUAUAGAGGACUGUGUGAAGCAGAUGGGAGACAUCCUGAGCCAAGUGAAAGGCACCGGGAACGUGCCUGCCAGUGCCUGCAGCAGCGUGGCUCAAGAUGCUGACAACGUCUUGCAGCCUAUUAUGGACCUCCUGGAUAGCAACUUGACUCUCUUUGCCAAAAUUUGCGAGAAGACUGUCCUGAAACGAGUGCUGAAGGAACUCUGGAAGCUUGUCAUGAAUACAAUGGAGAAGACAAUUGUACUUCCUCCACUAACGGACCAGACGAUGAUUGGAACCCUCUUAAGAAAGCAUGGCAAGGGAACUGAGAAGACUAGGGUGAAGCUCCCCAGUCACACUGAAGGUACACAGAUGAUCUUCAAUGCAGCCAAGGAAUUAGGGCAGCUUUCAAAACUGAAGGAUCACAUGGUACGUGAGGAAGCUAAGAGUUUGACGCCCAAACAGUGUGCUGUGGUGGAACUUGCUCUGGAUACCAUCAAGCAAUACUUCCAUGCAGGAGGAGUUGGUCUUAAAAAAACCUUCUUGGAGAAAAGCCCAGAUCUGCAAUCCCUGCGCUACGCCCUCUCGCUCUACACACAAGCCACAGACUUGCUCAUCAAAACCUUCGUCCAGACCCAGUCCACUCAGGGCUCUGGAGUAGAUGACCCCGUGGGAGAAGUCUCUGUCCAUGUCGAGUUUUUCACCCAUCCUGGAACCAGCGAACACAAAGUAACGGUCAAAGUGGUGGCUGCCAAUGAUCUCAAGUGGCAGACAUCGGGCAUCUUCCGGCCUUUCAUUGAAGUCAACAUCAUUGGGCCACAUCUCAGUGACAAGAAAAGGAAAUUUGCUACUAAGUCCAAGAACAACAGCUGGUCCCCCAAAUACAAUGAGAGCAUCCAGUUCACCCUCGGCACUGAGACAGGCCCAGAGUGCUACGAGCUGCAAGUCUGCGUCAAAGACUACUGCUUUGCACGGGAAGACCGAACGGUGGGCAUCGCCAUCCUGCAGCUGAAGGACAUCGUGCAGCGGGGCAGCUGUGCCUGCUGGCUGCCGCUGGGCCGGCGCAUUCACAUGGAUGACACGGGCCUCACGGUGCUGCGCAUCCUCUCGCAGAGAAACAAUGACGAGGUGGCCAAGGAGUUUGUCAAAUUGAAGUCAGAUACGCGCUCAGCCGAGGAGGGCAGCAGCAGCUAAGACCAAUCUGCCUCCCCCUGACUUCCCCCUCCCACUUGUUCCCUUUCCACAGUCUGCUAGAAUUGCCUUCCCUUCUCUUCCUGGUCCCUUCCCUCUUUUAUACAGCCAUGUCAAAGCCAUAGAGUUUUCAGAGCUGUCCUUUCUUCUGCCCCUUCACCCUGGCCCUUCCUGCUCCUCACCUCUUUCAUUUGGGAGGUUUGCUCCCGCUGCCAAGGAUCACACGUCGCGCACACCUUUUCAAAUACAUGUGCAUUGCCAAAAUUCCCCCAUGAAGCAGAGAGAGGUGAGAGAGCGAAGAGUUUGUCCCUGAAAAGGAUUCUAACAAAAAUCAAAGAUGCUGCUGACUACAUUUUGGCAUAAGCUCCCGCCAUCCCCUCUUUCCUGGCACAUUUUUGUCUGAUAAACAUCAGAAGCUGCCUUCCAUUUAAUCAAGGUGUUUGUCAACCAACCCAGUAUUUCCAGCGUGGAUUGGCAGCUGCUAUCUAAGGCAGAUGUUUUUCAAUCUUAGUAUCAG